UGAAGUAAUUUCGAGAACUGGUAGUGUCAGUUAUUUAGCCGUUUUUUCGGCUACGUGUUACCUAAUUUACUAACACGAUGUGAUAUGUUUUAUGCGAUAUUAUAGACGUCGCAAAUGAGUGGCAACAGUGUAGUUGUGCAACGUGUAAUUCGACCAACGCCGCGAUUUAAAUAUUCAUUGAGGGACUUGUAAAGUCAUGUUGGAGAGCUUGGCCGCAUGGGUUCUGAGAACUUACGUUGGAGAAUACGUGGAAAACCUAAACACUGACCAGCUUUCCAUCGGCUAUGGUACUGUUGAUCUUCAUAAUCUACCUCUGAAAAAGACAGCUCUGAAAGGUCUUGAGCUUCCAUUAGAAGUAAAAUCUGGAUUCAUUGGUCAUUUGCAACUCUCAAUACCCUUGCGUCGACCAAAGUCUGAGCCAUGGAUUGUACAUAUUAAUAAGCUUUAUCUUGUUGCUGGACCUCUUAAACAUUCAGAGUACAAUGAAGAAGAGGAAAAAGAGAGGGAAAGGACACGCAAGAAGAAACGCCUGGAUGCAUUGGAAGGUCAAUGGCUUGCUGGCAGAAAUGACAAUAGUGGAGGCUUCUGGUCUGGUUCAUGGUGGCCGUCCUUGUACUCAUCAUUCUCAACAACUAUUGUUGAGAACUUACAGCUUGUCAUUAGUGAUGUACAUUUUCGCUAUGAAGAUGCAACAACUAGGGAGUCUGUCCCUUUUUCAUUUGGAAUAACUAUUGAGAAGCUCUCAGCUCAUUCUACCAAUGAAAAUUGGAAUCCAGAGGAGAUCAUCCAAAAUGAACGCACAAUCAAGUACAAAUUGAUUGAGCUUCAAAACAUGGCUAUUUACUGGGAUACUGAUGUGACCCUUGUGGGUGAUCUGCCAUCCAGAGAUCUUGAGAGUGCCCUUCGACGAAUGAUCAAUAGAAACCAAGGAAAAGCUGGCUUUUGUAAACAUCAAUAUAUCUUGGAGCCAACAAGUGCACAAGCUAGGAUGAAGCGCAACUCUAGUGCUUUGCCCCUCAGGUCACGGCAAAUGCCACGGUUUGUGGUGGAUGUCCAUGUAGGAAAGAUUCCAUUAUCACUUGAAGAAGCACAGUACAAGAUGCUGAUUGCCCUUAUGGAUGGGUUUGAGAGGCAUUUUAGACAGCGCCAUUAUUUAAAAUGGAGACCAAAACGUCCUAUUAGGAACAAUGCAAAAGGAUGGUGGAAGUUUGCAUUUACAUGCAUCAUGGAGUCAAUUAAAGAGAGAAAUAUACGACAAACUUGGAGCUUUGCGGUGAAACGAGCAAGUGAUGUGGUGAAAUAUGUGAACCUAUAUUCACAGCAUCUUAUAACUGGUUCAGUGGAACCUUCACUCAAGGAGGAACAAAAUCGUAUUGAGGAUGAGUUAACAUUUGAGGAGCUGGUUGUGUUAAGAUCUAUUGCACAAACAAGGGCAGAAAGUGAAAUCAGUAAGAUUCAAGCAGACACCAAAGUUCAGGAUUUGCAGAAGGGGGUACCAGACCAGGUCCCUUCUGCCUCAGGAGGAGGAUCUGGGGGUUGGCAAGGCUGGUUAACAGGGUGGUACAGUUGGUACGGAACAGAUACUACAGAUGGAACAGCACCUGGAGCAAAAAUAGAGACUGACACAAGUCAAGUGUUCAUGGGAGAACCUCCUACUACCAAGGAGGAAGAGGAAUUCCUCGGUGAGCUGGCUGAUAGCCAUCUCAGUGAAUCCAUCUUCAAUAGAGAUCAAGUGUUUGCACACUUGAACUUCAGAUUGGACACAGGCUCCUUUAAAUUGGUCAAUACCAAACAAUCAAACUCUUUUUCUCAAACAACAACUGUCUUGCCAGUUGUUGAGGUGGAGUUUUCAGACUUGAGGUGGAAUUCAGAAAUGCGGCCUCGCUCUAGCACGUGGGAGUUUAGCAUGAGUCUGGGGGCUCUGUUUGUGCGAGAUAAACUCACCACAGGAACACUGUUUCCAGCUUUGGUCUGUCCUCAAGGUAGAGAGUCCCAGAAAGUCUCCCUUACCAAAAAACAACAAGCAACAGUCGUAAAAGGUUCAGUUGGAGCUAUGGUAACAUCUGCAGCAACUUUGGGACUCAAUAUUUUACAAGACAUGAAUGAUCCAGUGUUUGAAAUGAAAUUUGAAUCUUUACCACCUGCAAGUAAAGUUGGUUACAGAUUAUCGGUAACCACACAGCCUCUGGAUGUUGUAUACAAUCCCGCAGUGCUUAACCACAUCUCAGAGUUCUUUUCCCAUACAUCGAUGGAAGGUGCCCAGGCCCUUCACAUUGAGAGACAGCUUCGUGAAGUAGCGCGUGUCAGAUAUGAGGAGCUUAAAAACCAAACCAGAGCUGAACUAGUUCAAACACUUGAUGCAAUGAUGGAUGGAUCAGAUAUGGGCCAGUCAAAGAGGUGGGAUAUUCAACUGGACAUUUCUGCACCUAGAUUUCUUGUUCCAGAGAGCUUUCAGGACAAGAAAGCCUCAAUGGUUUUGAUAGACUUUGGUCAUUUAAGUUUUGUAAACACUCAAGCUCUUAACAGGAAGAAGACAAUUUCAGAGGGUCAAGACUCAAAACCGGAUAUGGAAGAUGACUCUUUUGUGACCCCUCCCAGUACCCCUCCGGUAGGUGAGGAAGAGGAAUAUAUGUCAAUCAGUGAUUCAACAGAUGCUCUUCUCAGUGGAGUGAGCAAUCAGACUAUCAUUGAUAAGAUGUAUGAAAGGUACACCCUAGACUUAUCCGACAUUCAAAUGGUAGUGUGUAAUGUAAAGGAAGACUGGUCAGAAGUUGCCAGCAAACCAUUCCUUACAAGUGAUGCGCAUGUUGUGGACAAGUUUACGAUAUCAAUCCAACUGGAAAGGAGACUUCUCUUUACUGCUGAUCCCCAGUAUCCUGCAGUGAAUCUUCAUGCCAAACUACCAAGUUUGAUACUACAUAUUAAUGAACACAAGCUUCAAGCCUUGACAAAGUGUGUCAAACAGCUGAGUCGACCGAAGGUAUCCAACCCCACACCACCGGUGACACAACAACGAAUUGUUGCCAGUUCUACUCCACUGCCCCACGUCGAGAGAAUUGACAGCAGCUUGGAUGAUGUGUACUACAGUUUGUACAGUAGCAGCGUCACGAUUCCUGAUAUGGUUAAGGAUUCACCAACCAGGCGAAUCGGCAAGUCCACUGUGGAUACAACAUUGGAAGAUAAAACGAAAGAGCUCAUGGAAGAGUCUAGAAUGCUUCUUGUUCAAUUCAGUAUUGACAGAGUCUCCUUGGGUGUUCACAGCAUGGGUUGCUUGAUAGCUGAGCUUCAAGUGCUUGGAGUAAAAGUAUGUCACUUAAAGAGACCUUAUGAUUCAGUCACAUCCUUUGCUGUUCAUGGAGUGCAUCUUGUAGAUGCGAUGCAGAGUUUUGGCCCUGACUACGAACUUCUUUUGUCUUCAUGCAAACCUCACCUCACAAAUUCUCCAGGAGACAAAACUAUUAGUUCUUCAAAAAGUGAAAAAUCCUUCUCCGAGACGGUGAGCGGUGCCUUCUCCGUGUUGGCUGAUAUGGUGAGACCAGGCUCUAAGAGAAAAUGGCAGGACAGUGAUGCUUCAUUCUCGAGCGAAACGACAGCCGUAAUGGAGGAAGAAGAUCUUAUCACAUUUGAAUACCAACAUUAUGAUGCUGAUAGCCCUUCUACCAAAAACAGAAAUGGCUGUGGUGUAAAUCUAGUUAAUCUGACUUUCAACAAGCUCAACAUAAUUGCAAACCAAGAAACCCUGGCAGCAUUGGUUCAGUUCUUUAACACGGCAUAUACUUCCGGUGAAUCUGGUGCUAGUUUUGGAGAAGUGCCAGCAGUGUUAGAGGAGUCUUCUACUGAUUUCUACUUACCACAACCUGAUGAUCAGUUGUCCGAGAUGACAGAGGUGACUGCGUCCUUCAAGUCGAUUAGUGUCCUUGUUAUAAGGAGCAUUAAGAUGAACGGUGUUAAAUCUGUGCGAAAGGUAGCGGAGGUGUCCGUUAGCGAAGUUCAACUGAAUGCCUCCCUUGGUGAAAAUCAAAAUAUCGAAGGCUCCCUCGGCGGUCUCAGAAUGACUGACCUUACUCCAGAGGGCUCCCUACACCGUUCUGUGUAUACUUGUGGAAGUCUUGGCGGAGGAGAUGUUUCCCCACGAGAUUCAUCAUAUUUAUGGUCAGUGCCAGAGGACAUGUUAGAUGGACCUAGCGAUCGAAAGGCUUUUACAUUUACACUCUUGAUUCCGAAGAAGGGCGGACAGUAUCCAGUUAUUGCUAUAGAUAAAGGUUCUCAAGGGGACCUGGAUGAUGCAGAGAUUGCAAGAAACAUUCAGCUAAGCGUACGCAUGGCUUCCGCUCAGUAUACUCACACGCACAGGUUUCUUUCAGAACUUUUAUUAUCAGCUGGAGAUUAUGCUGAAUAUGCUACCCAGUUUGGAGAAAGUCUUCGACAAGCUGCCAGUAAUGUUGCUAUGGGUCUUGUAAGUAAGAAGAGGGCGUUGGCCGAAGGACUUGAUUAUCUUUCCUCAUCGUUUGUAACAACUGCUGCACAAGAUGAUAGGAGUCUAGGAAGUCGCCAAGGUAGCAUAUUCUUCGAAGGUGACAGUGAUUAUCUUCAAGAGAGUUGUGACUUUGUGGACAGUGUUCCUGUGAAACCCAAUAAAAGAGUUUACACAUGCAUCACGGUGGACUCGCCGAUUGUUCAGCUACCAACGUCGUCCUCAAGUACAGAGAUCCUUGUUGCCCAUCUAGGCAGCAUUACAAUAAGGAACACGCAUUUGAUAGAACUUGUGGAACAGGAAAGUGACACAGGGCACUUAACUGGUGUUGAACAUGACAUUGAUCGAUUAUUUGUGGAAGUAAAGGACAUGAGCUUGUACUGCACAGCAAUGGACACAGGUAGAUCAGGAAGGGCUUCUUCAUCGUCGUUUUCCGAGCCAUUUACUGGCCCAAACGUCGUGCAUUCACCCAAAUGCUCCAGCGUGCACAUACUUCACAAGUCAGCAUUUGAACUUGUUAUCGACCGUCGUUCGGAAGAUGUGGGUGCACUGGCCAUGGGUGCAGUUUGUACGUCAUUGCACUUGAAAAAACCGACGAUUCAAAUUUCGGGAAAGGUCACCACUCCACUAAAACUUGAACUAUCAACUCAUUCCUAUCGUCAGCUGUUUGAUACCAUAGAUAACCUUGGCGGUAGUAAGGAAACAGUGCCUAUUCCUCCACCUGCUGGAAUGCACAGUUCCUCUAUAGCUAGUCCCACCUCCCAAUCACCAAGCACUCUUUCUCCAAGUUCAUCAGCUUCGAAUUUAGAGGCUUGUAUUCCUGACAAAGUUCUGCCAGAAAAGCAUGUUACAUUUAUCCCAAAUCUCGUGGAAGAGAACGUUCAUGAUGAAUCAACUGCUCACUUUGAGAGUGAAUCUGACGACCCCACUCCAAUACGUGCAUUAUUUGAGGUGCCCCACUUAAGCAUCAAACUCUGUGGUGAGCUCAACAAAGUUGAUCACGACUUUGUCGACAUAAUGUUUUCUGACUUCAAUUUGGCUUAUGAGCACACAAGACCAACUGUUACUUUGUUCAACGUCUCUCUCGGUGGUCUUCUCGUGGAAGAUCUACUUCAGGAGCAAGAAUCUCCUUAUCGAUAUCUCAUUUCGUCUUCUGUUCCACGCCAACGUCACCUUAAAGAACGUUCUCUGUCUACGUGCCCUUCGAGUCUUUCCUUAUCUUGUCCUGUCGUUUCUGACGCUGGCCUUCACUCGCAUUUUUCUUCAUCAGUUCCACACUGUCUUCCCACGUCAUCCAGACAAGGGCCAUUUCGUUCACUGGCUCCGUUGAGACCAUUGUUAAAGAAUCAAAAAUUUCCUUCCAUGCCUUCUGUUAAUGCUACCUUGGAUAGCGAAUCCUCGGUAGAAGAAGAAGACCUGGGUACUUCAAAUACAGUCAUCAAAGACAAGAAAGGAAGUAACCUUGUGCACAUCAAUGUCCAUUUGAUUGACAAGAAUGAUUUAGAAUUUAGUACCAACUACAACUCGGUCAACCGAAUUAUAGAGGUGGACUUCAAUUCGCUAGAGGCAAAUUUAAAUUUACAAACUUGGGUAAUAGUGUUAGAAUUCUUUGGAAUUGGUGUUCCACAACAGCCAUCUGCUUCCCAGCCGUCAAGUCCAAACCCUUUAUCUCCACAACCUAACGAACUAAGUGACACUACUAAUGAAGAGCAACAGGACACCCAGAUGGAAGGUAUAGAACAGACAGAAGCCGAAGGCAUAAACACUGAUGUCAAAUUUCAAGUUUUGUCUUUGACUUUGACCUUAAGUAAAACAAGAUAUCCCAUAGCAAAAGUUAACGCCUUUGGGCUUUCCACGGAAGUAAACAUGAGCGAUGGAAACUUUACUGCCAAGGGUAAAUUGUCCAGUUUGUCAGUGACAGACAUGUCACCACAUGGUUCUCUGUACAGGGAAAAAUUUACAACUUUUGGAGAUGAAGCUCUGAGUUUUAAUUUCCACAAGUACGGUACCCCAGAUCCCGACUUGCAGAGGGAGAAUGACAUGAGUCUAAAAUUACGGAUGUCAUCUGUACAGUAUGUGCAUACAAAGCGAUUUCAGACAGAGCUGGUAGUCUUCUUCCAACAUUAUCUGCAGCUCCAGGAAGUCUUAGGCAGGAUGAGAGCUGCCUCGGAAGGAAAUGAGGUUUCUUGGAUGAUUGGACGUGGAAGUCGAGUAGCGCUUGACGUCAAAGCAGGAAAUCCAGUCAUUUUGGUACCUCGCUCAGCCAAGUCCUCACACAUGCUGGUAGCAGAUCUGGGGAACCUUACUGUUAAUAAUGGUUUUCUUUGGGAAGGUUCACCAGGCACAUUGGAACAUUCAAAACGAAGGCAACGAGCAUCAUCUCAAGGAGAUUCUGGAAUGAGUUCCCAUCGUGACUGUUUGUUGGAUAGUAUGAACAUUGAAUUGGUAGACAUGGAUCUCUUUACAGCCACAAGAGUACAAGAGAACAAUCAGCAGUCGCCUUCGAAGUUUUCUUACAAAAGCCAGGGCUUAAAACUGCUCAAAGAGAAAUGCAAACUGAAUUUAAUAGUGGAACGUAACUUGGACUGGGCAUUUAGUAGAGCAGUUCCAGACUUCAACUUCAGUGGCCGUCUUUCGUCUUUGUGUGCAUCUUUGGAUUACUCACAGUACUGUUUCAUUCUUGGAAUGCUGGGAGAAAACUUCGGGGAACCUUUGGAAGAAUUUGAGAGGCCGUCCUCAGUCAUCCAAGAUCCUCUCGGAAAGCCCCCAGAGGAAGAGGAGGUUUGGACUAGCCUGAGAAUGAGCAUUGACCUCGUGAAUGUUAGUCUAGAGCUUCUCCCCAUUCAACUCUUUGAUCACCCAGAAGAUAACCUAGACCACGCCCAGCUGCCAUCCUUGGCCAGGAUAGACUUCAUUAAAUCCAAGUUUGAGUUUGUAUCUUUCUCUGAUUGGUCAAAGACUGUUGAUUUGGUUUCAGAAGAGGUCAUCUUUGAAGACACCAGACAAAAAGGUAUGGACCUGGAUAACUCUGAUUGCUGUAUCUUCACUGACAUUCUUUUGCCAAGAAAAUCAUCAGCGUCCACCCCGGAGCAGGAGAAUUCGCUUCAGUUCGAGGUUCACUACAGAGACACGACCAGAAAAACCUUGCUAACCUUCUUGUUCAAUCACAGUCGUAUUAUGCUGAUCAUCGAUUAUUUGCUUGAUACGUACAACUUCAUCAUGUGUCGAAUGUUUAAACCCAGCACAGCUGAAGGCAAUUCCAUGGACGUGUCAGAGGAUGAUGAUCCCGCCAAGUCUUAUGAAACACCUCCUCCAUCGGCCUCAGGGGUGGCGACCAGAUGUGAGAUACCAGCACAACCGCAGCCACAGAAGACUUUUGAAAUGAAAGUGAAUAUUUCGGGAACUGAGCUCGUUGUGUUGGAGAAUGUCAAGACUGUGGACACCUACGCGGUGGUCUUAAAGAUAACAGCUGUGUUGGCAUGGCGCCCGCAUCUUCAAAGUCAGAAGUGGCUGUCAUGCAGCAUCCAAAGCCUGGAGAUGUUCUCAUGUGUUUUUUCCUGUGAAGAAGAGACUGCCCUGUCCAUCAUAGAUCCAACAUCUGCAUUAGUUGAAUUGAACAAUUCCAGGAGACAGAAAGGACGCAGAAAUGCUGGGUUGUUGGAUAUCACAGAGGAGCAGCUGCCAAGUUUAGAGAUCAACCUUCAAGGACCGCUUACCAUGCGUGUGUCAUAUAACGACUACAAGUUGUACCUUAGUAUCCUGGAUUCUGUUUCCAAGCAACUGAAUAAAGCUAUUAAAAGUGAAGUCAAUUUAAACCCUGCAGAGGAGGUUCCUGACCACGAGUUUGAUGCGAUGUCGGUAAAACGUCUUCAAGAACUGGGCUUUAGACAAGCCGAUUGUAUCAGAGCUCUUCAAGUGACGUCAGGUCGACUAGAGGCUUCCGCCACCUGGCUUCUUGAGAAUGCUACCCCUAUCAUCCAAGCACAAAGCUCCCAACAGCAAAGCAGUGCACAUGGUUGGCAGUUUGCUGGUUUUGAGGUGCGGGCUGGUGUAGUUUGUAUCUGCCUGAUUGAUGACUGUGGUGAUAGUGACGUACCACUCAUUGAAUUCAGCGCUCAAAACUUGUAUUUCUGGCAUGACCUUCAGUCCACCGGUGAUGGCGCGGCUCACUGUACUUUGAUAGUGCAGUACUACAACAGAAAUGUGUCAGACUGGGAACCUUUUGUGGAGCCGUGGAAAUGUCAAGUUCACUGGCAAGAGCAACGUAAUACGCCAAAUACAACAAACAGGUUUCUAGCCAAACUGGAUGCGCCAGAUCGUCUUGAUGUCACAGUAACAACUACUCUGAUCAACAUGAUCAAACACACUAUUGCUAGUUGGUCUGAAGACUAUUACAGACCUGAUCCGUCGCCUGUAUCAGCAGUGGCUUCAACAGAGGCCCCCAGCCUUCCCUCCAGCCUUCCCUCUAGCCGGAGUGACAGCAGACAUGAAAGUCUGAAUCAAACCACAAGCACCGAAAGUCCUCUUAGCAGUCCGACAGUAAGUAGGCCCGAGUCCAGCGCGUCCUUGUGGUCCACGGGAUCAGGAUUUCCUCGUCGGCGAUCACCCUUCGUUCCUUUUGUGCUCAGAAAUCAGACAGGGUGUGUGAUGUGGUUCAAGACAGUUACAACGACUCCAUCCAAAGUGAUCUUGACAAGCACAGGUCAGGCACUUCCUGGUUUGCCUGGCCUCGAGUCAGGAAAAAUGUCUGACUGGAGAGAAGUUUCCCCGGGGGGCGAGGCUCCCUUUGAGUUCACAUCAGGAGAGAAGUUGCGGCACAGAGACACCCACGAGUUCAACAUACAUCAGGUUAUUGUGCAAGUGGAGGGCUGGGCAUCACUAUCCCCAGUCUCUGUUGAUAGAGUUGGUACAUUCUUCAGACAAGCUCGACCUCAGAAGGUGGUCAAUAAAUCUCCGGGCGGUGAUCUUCAGCCAGCACGGGUUGUAUUUGAUGUUAGUUUGGAGGGAAGAGCACGUAAAGUAGUCACUGUUAGAUCUGCGCUGAUGGUGAAGAAUAAAAUGGACGUACCCAUGGAGAUAAAGAUGCAAGGACUUACAUCUAUGCAGGGGACUCUAUCUCUUCCAGUCAUCUCCCCAGAGUCUUCAGUUGCGAUACCACUGCGAUGUACCUCCUGGCAGCUUUACCUCCGCCCUUACGGGAAGGAGGUGGGGUUUUGUUCCCAGCCCAUAGAAUGGAGAAGCGUUUUAAGGAGUUAUACUACGAUGGGAUGUGCACGGGAAUGUUAUCCUGUGUCCACCGCUAGCCAGUCUGUAGAGAAAUUCAGGUUCUGUGUGGCAGUUAAGAGGGAGGGCUACCCAGAAGACGUUUUUCAUCCGGAGGGCAUUCAAACGAGUGCUCUUAAUGCGAUGCCUCAACCAGGUCACACUCUGACAAUCAUGUACCCAGUGAUGCUAGUGAACCUUUUGCCGUGUGAAUUGAACUACCAGGUGAAAAAUACACCUGCUAAAGGAAACUUGAAGGCGGGAAAGUCUGUUCCUUUGUAUACUGCUGAUCCAGAGAGGGCUCUCGAUCUCGGCAUCAGCAUUGAAAACUUCACAUAUUGUGAUAACAUUCGAAUUUCAAGAAGAAUGAGCUUUGUUGAACAUCCAAUCAUCCAUGUAGAACUCCAGGAUACCAAGAGAAGAUCUCUGAUACUAAACGUCAAGGUUUCCAUAAAACCAGAUGGCUCAUUGAGAGUUUCCAUUUAUGCUCCUUACUGGAUGAUUAACAGGACGGGGAUCCCACUUGUGUUUAAGCAAGAAGGUGUUCCUCAUGACAUGGCGGGCCAGUUUGACGAACACGAAAUGGCGCGGAGCUUGACUCCUUUGCUGUUUUCUUUCUCUGACAGAGAGGCUGCCACAAGAUGCCAAAUGAGAAUUGGUAGAAGCUAUCAACCUGGAAGCGGGAAGCCUUUAUGGAGUAAUCCCUUUUCACUUGACAAUUCACGAGAAUAUACACGUGUUCACGCCAGGCAAGGUGGAAGCCGGCCUGACAAGGUGUACGACAUUGGUAUUGACGUGCGUUUUGGCCAGGGGCGAUAUCGUGAUACAAGAAUUGUUACUCUUGCCACUCGAUAUCAGCUGGAAAACAGGACUCAACAUACUCUAGCUUUUUCACAGAGGCACUUCGUCAGAGAGCAGGAAGCAACCAACCCAGAGGGAACACUCACUGCCAUGCCAGGGGCUCUAGUGCUUUUCCAUUGGGCCAGAACAGACUUGGACCAACUUUUGUGUAUCAGGUUAAAUGAUGUUUCUCACUGCAAGUGGUCUGGAGGCUUCAGGAUCGAUCAGGACGAUUCUUUUCAUAUUAACAUGAGGAGUCUGAAUGACUGUUCGCUGUUUGUGAGAGUGGAGGUGGUGCAAAGAGGAGCAACAUUUCACGUUCUGUUCACCGAUGCCUCCCAGCUUCCUCCUCCGUUCAGAAUUGACAACCUGUCAGAGGUGCCGAUCACUUUCUAUCAGUGUGGAACCGAAGACAAGACAAAAACCGUUCUUCAGGCAAAACAAUCAGUGCCCUACUCAUGGGAUGAACCCACUCUGUUACCUGAGCUGUCUGUUGGGGUGAUGGGAGGUGGAUCUUUCACUCGCUAUCAAAUGGAUGAUCUUGGAGGAGGCGAUAGGCUCUACUAUUACAAUCCCAUAUACGUCGUUUUUACUCAUACAUUUGCUAGCGUUGAUGGACACAUUUGUGGCUCAGUUCACCUCAAACCUGAAUUAGCAGAAGACGAAUCGUGCCUUGAUAUGAGAGAGCUUGUGUUAGAUGUUCCUCAAGGAUCAGCGGUUCUGCUCAGAAGAAAGGAACCCCACAAAAGAUCGCAGCUUUGGCGACUGACUGGCGCGGGACAGUUGCGUCAUGAAGGUUCCUCCCCUCCCUCCGCGAAGCCGUCGUCGUCCAAUGGUGGAAGAGUGUUGGAUAUUGACAGCUUGGCUCCACCCACCUGUGGCAAGUACGUGCGACUCGUGCUGAGUAAAUGUAACCCGAGGCGAGCGCAUUCACAGAAGUGGUCCUUCACAGAGGACAAUCGCAUGAAAUGUGAUCUUCCUGGAUUGUAUGUCCAACCAAGAGGUGGUUUUAACGGAUUAAGAGAUGGUGUAGAUGCAGUGCUUGGUCCUGCGAACAUUACUAAAGAGGAUCAGAUUCCCAUCGAACAGUGCAUCAGCACGUGUAAGCUAAGGCCUGGCUCAGGCUGCCUUGGAGUUAAGAUUCUGGCAGAUGGUCCAACACGAGUGCUGCAGAUCACUGACUGCUUACAGCAGGUGAGACCAUCUGAUGACGAAGCCGAGAAGGAAUGGAUGCUAGUCGAACGGAAAGGUGGUAUGAGGCAACCAAUUGUGAGUAGCCUGGGUACCGAAAGGGAUUGCUCAGCGCUUGAAGUACAAGUUCGCUUGGUUGGAGGGAUUGGUGUGUCUGUUAUUAACUCUGUGCCAGAGGAGUUGGUGUUCAUAAAUCUGGAACAAAUCGAGGUGGACUACUUAAGAAGCUCAAAGCUGGAAACGCUCGAAGGCAGUAUUGGUCGUAUACAGAUCGACAAUCAAAUGUUCGCCAGUCAGCUUCCGGUGCUUCUCUUCCCCUCCAUCCCUGAAAAAGGCUCCAAAGAAGAGACCCUGUCAAAACAGCCCUCGCUCCGUGUGUCAGCCUCCAAAGAACCCUGCAGACUUCCAAAUGUGGAAAUAUUCAAGGCACUUGAUGUUUCACUACGAAAGAUGACUCUUCAGAUCGAGGAAUUGUUGCUGCUCAAGCUUCUUCAGUUCUUCGGUUAUGUCCAACAGGAUGAUGACAUUGCUGGAGCAAACCAGGAGGAAGACGAGUGCCUUUAUGCCACACAAAGGCCGACAUUGCCAAGUUCAUCUGGUUCCUUAAAGAGGUAUUACUUCGAGCAUGUUCAGCUGAACUCCACCCAAAUAAAGCUGUCUGUAUCCAGUGCUGGAAGGCUCCCAGAAGAUCUUCAGAGUCUGAAAAGUAGUCUGGGGCUGAUUCUGGUGAACUUAGAGGAUGCCACAGUUGAUUUAGAAUCUUUCUCUCGAUCCCAUCCGUUUGACACCUUGUCUUCUUACCUGGACUCCAUCAGCAAACAUUAUACUGAGGAAAUCUUCAGUCAAAAAAUAGCUAUCGUGGGCUCAGUCGAUUUGCUCGGAAAUCCCAUGGGACUACUCAAUGACGUGUCAUCUGGCCUUGAGGGACUGGUAAAGAGAGGCAAUGUCGGAGGAUUAUUUGUAAACGUGGCUCACGGAGUCUCUGACUCGGCAGCUAAGAUCACCGGUUCUCUGUCUGAUGGUUUGUGGAACGCAUCCAUGGACAGUAAAUUCCAGGAGAGCCGUGAUGCAAUGCGGGCUGAGAGGUUUAGCAGCUCCAAAGAUCACUUUGUGGCUGGCGUAAAAGGCCUUGGCAUGGGUAUUGUUGGUGGACUCACAAGCAUUGUAACACAACCAAUAGAGGGAGCACAUACUGCAGGACUCUCAGGUUUCAUUUCUGGUAUUGGUAAAGGGAUUGUGGGAACAGUUACCAAACCAACCGCUGGAGUUCUGGACUUUGCGUCUGGGGCUGCAGCAGCCGUUCGCGGACAAGCGACGCGUAGCUCCAGAUAUCUCCCGCCAAAACAAGCGCGCUUACGAAGGAAUUGUUUUGGACCAAGUGGUGCUAUCCCGCGGUUCUCCUCGACGCACGCUGAAGGCCAGGAAAUCAUGCUGAAGUUAAAUGAAGGCAACUUUAACGAAAAGUUUGUAUUAUCGGAGUCUGUCAGACGCGAUAAGGAAGACCGCCUUAAAGCCAUUGUCACUACAGAGGCAGUGUACUUUGUGCGAGCCCGUGGGACACCCUCACCGGAAGCUAUUGUUCUCCUGGUGCGGUUUUCCGAUCUCUUUGUUUGCCAACCUAUUCCAGGUGACGGCAAGGAUUACAUCGAGCUUAUCAUGAAGGCGGAUAAUAGCAGUGUGCCAACACCAUCCAAGAACCCCAGUAAAAGACCUAGGGUUAGAUGCGACAAGAAUGUUAUCGCUCAGAAGGUGGCACAGAAGAUCAACUAUGCAAAGAACCUCUACGAUGAGGUACAGCAAACGGUGAAAGUGGAACUCAAGGAACCGACUUCCCCAGUUUAACUACUGGCCAACUGUGAAACAGUCCAGAGAAGAAAGACGUGUGACUACAAUGGCACAAUAAAUUGAGGAGUCGACUGAGAUUCACGCGGAAACUACUGGGUUCGAGUGGUUGAAGACCAAAGGAGAAAGAAGGUAGUAGCUGAUUAGCUGAAGUAGGUGCCAACAGUCAAAUCUACCUAAUCAAGGAAAUCAUAGUCGUUUAUCACGCUCACAAAAAAUAUCGUCUCAGUGAUAACGCUAAGAGAAGAACUUAAUAUUUGAUGGUUUUUUUUUUAAUUUGAUUACGAGUGUCAACCUUAUAACUUCUUAAAUUGAUAACAAUGUAAUUUCUUGUUCCAAUUUCAAUACAUUAUCAUACAAACCAGGUAUGAGAAUAUGCCAACUUAUCAACUAGAGAGGUUGUGGCGACACACUGUGACACGCUCAACUGUUCUUAACUAUCGUACAUGGAAAUUUAUCGUAAAGAAAGGAGAGUUACUAAUCACUCGUAGGUAAAGAAAAGGUUUUGAAAUAGUAUCUUUGAAGAGUUCAAACUAUAAUUGAUUCAGAAAACUUUGAAGAUGUUUUUCUUUCAACCAUUUGUUCAUUAAUGAACAAGAUGAAUUUACGAAUAGGAGAGGGUUACUCUUCAAUUAGCAAAGUAGUAUCGCGAACUGUUUUGUUUGUUUGUUUUUCAAUUUAAUGUUUAACAGAAUUAAUAUUAGAAUGGUCAGUAUUGUUGUUUAUGAGGCAGGGCAACUGGUUUAUUUGUAUAUGUAAUCGAAUGGGGCCGAGUAAAAUUAAGGAUUAAUAUCACGCGUGUUUUCGGAAGUUGCUGAAAUUGCCCGAG